UUGAUGGUGGUCCGGUUUUUGUCCUCUCUCACGAUUCCUUCCAUGUCAGGUUAAUGCGCAAUGCAAAAAAAUUUUAAAUCUUUUUUUUUUCUCCCCUUGAUAUAUAGUUUGUUUGAAUAUGGGAUGUUGGCUUGGGAAUCCUUUGGGGCAUGAUGCGUUGUCCUGCUGGCUGUUAGAGGCAGGGGUGCGUAUUAGCCAUUGUGAGCUCAAUGGUAAUACAGGCCAGCAUUGGAGAUCUAAUUCUUCUUCCCACGUCCUUGUUUCCAUCUUUUCUGAUAGUUGUACUAUCUUAAUCAUCGACAUGUUUCAUAUCAUCCUCCUCUCUUUAUUCUCUCGUCUUGGCCUUUUUUUUUUCUUUUGCUCAGCCCUCCUAGGUGGUUUUCCCAGUUCACCUUGCCUGUUCCCACCGUAUCAUUCUUGCAACGUCGGCCCCUGGUCGAUGCCACUAUCCCCGCUUGCCAUUGACAACACAUACUUCUUCCCAGGCUUUCGGGAGAGGCUCCUGGAGCUUGAGGAGGGGGCGUGCGGGAGGGAGGGUAGAACUACAGACUGCUACUCAGUUUCUUCCCGUUUCGGCUGGUUCUUGGGAAUUUUUUAAAUGUCCUAGCAGACCCUUGUCAUGUUAAGCGAUUUGAUCUUCCCCAUGGAUUUGCGCGGUCGUAGCCUAUGAUGAUGUUAUUCAAGUACGUAUCUCGAUACAUCGCCCAUUGCCUUAUACGCUCUUUACAAUGGCGUCAAAUUUGCUAUUCGAAAAUUUUCAGGAAGAAGAUCCUUAUUUGUCUUAGUUGUGAAGACGCUAUGAGCAAAUUAGAACCAUCUAGUGGCAUCUCUUCCAGGUCGUCGGCCGACGUGCUGUGGUAUAAGCCCGCAGCUUCAUGCAUAGAAAAACUCAAUCGCCAUCUCCAUGACCAAGUUUUGUCAGGCCAUGAUCUGUCUUAACAAGCC